AAAAAAUUAAUUACACAUAAAGAGGUUGGGACUAAGUUGUCUACUUUUCACCGUUUAUCGACAUUUUAUUUAUUUAAAAAGGUAGAGUGACAAUAAGUUUUAUGACUUUUAUCAUGAGUAAUAGGCAUAUUUGUGUAACAAGUUCUUGGGGGUAAUCAUAGUUAUUGGCAGGUAAGUUAGUUUGAUCUGACUGAUUAGCAAUACAAGUUUCACCCAAAAUACACAUUUAGAUAGAUUGUGAAUUUUUUUUCUAAAUUAAAAUGUAACAAGUUCCUUUUUUGGGGCAAAUUAUACUGUAACCUAUAAAUAAAUGUUCAUCUUUUUUAUAUACUAUCAAAUGAUAUAUCUUCAAAAAAUGAACCUUUAGUAUAUUAAAAAGUUACUACCAUGGUCGUAUAAUGGCGGGUCCUUGAGGUGUAUGAGCACAAUAGUUAGUUAUAUCAUGGACCCAUCACAAUUUACAUACUAAAUAUUCAUAAUUUACAUUCUGAGUAUUCACAAUUCAAAUUGUGAACAUUUAGUUGUCAUUCAGUAUAUAAAUUGUGUAUUUUGGACCACGGAAUAAUUUGUCGUAUGGGAGCAUAUUUCUCAAUUUAUAUCUCCUUCAUUGGGCUGAGUUGAGCACCCCAGCCCAACCAAGAGAAGCCCAUCUGCAAUUCCUUGAUCGACCCGAGGCCCAUAAAGAGUGCAUUUCUCUCUCAUAUGCAUAUCAGUUAUCAUCUCCUUCCAAAUCGAGAGACAAACACUGAAACACCUGGCAUGGCGGUCGACAUGAAAGCCUUAUCACCCAAAAUUAUGGCUUCUUCCGCCGCGCCUUCUACUAUCCCCAUCUCCUCUUCAUUUCUUCAUCACCAGGAAUUCAACCCGAUCAAGCCUCAUUUCUUCCCCGCCGACAAUAAUUUAUCUCUUAACCCCCUCGCCAUCCGCUGUACAGACAGAACGUUAUCCCAUUUCAUCUCCGCUAAUCAUGAACCUCUCCCAAAAUCAGCCAUUGCAGCCGCCGCAAAAGCUGUUGCUGAAGAGAUAGAUGGGGAGGGUUCACCUGCCUCUACUCCCACAAAGCCUAACAAAGGCAAGCCUGCAUUGCUUCGCAUGAACGAUGGAAUGAGAUCGAAGAGGCUUUUGGAGAUUCAAAAAUUGAGGGAGAAUAAGAAAGAGUACGACUUGAAAACAGCGAUUUCACUGAUCAAGCAAACAUCUUGCACAACGUUUGUUGAAACAGCUGAGGCUCAUUUCCGAUUGAAUAUUGACCCAAAAUAUAAUGAUAAGCAGCUAAGAGCAACUGUAAAUUUGCCCAAGGGAACAGGUCAGCCUGUUAGAGUAGCUGUUAUUACCCAAGGUGAGAACUUUGAUGAAGCCAAAAAUGCAGGGGCUGAUCUGAUUGGUGGAGAGGAUUUGAUAGAACAAAUUAAAUGCGGGUUUAUGGAUUUUGAUAAAUUAAUUGCAACACCAGAUAUGAUGCCUAAGGUUGCCAGUCUAGGAAGAAUUUUAGGGCCUCGAGGACUAAUGCCAAAUUCAAAAGCGGGUACAGUUACUACAAAUAUACCCCAGGCUAUAGAGGAAUUCAAAAAGGGCAAAGUUGAAUAUCGGGCUGAUAAAACCGGGAUUGUACACAUGCCUUUUGGAAAAGUCGGGUUCUCAGAGGAGGACCUUCUCGAAAACUUUCUUGCAGCAGUGCAAUCAGUAGAAUCAAACAAGCCGUUGGGCGCGAAAGUGUUGUACUGGAAAAGUGCCCAUGUAUGUUCAUCCAUGGGUCCUUCGAUUCGAUUAAACAUAAGGGAGAUGCUGGAUUUCAAGCUUCCAACAACUGCUUAGUAUAGAUAGUAUAAACAUAAACCUGUAAAGUUUAUUUUAUGUCGUUGAAGAAGCUUCUUAUUUGGCCAUAGAGGGUAUAUAGCAACCUACCAUAGAAGAGAAUAAGAGAUGUAACUAUGUAAGAACCUGUUUUUUUGCAGAGAAUAUUUAUCAAUUUUUAAAAAUUUUCUAAUAUUUUA